AGGACUGCCUGUUCUGUGCGUGUCCAGCAACACCCAGGCCCUGUCAAUAUAGAAACUCUACUGCAUGCAUCCCCAGACCAGCCUGGGCUGGAGCCAGAGUGGACGGACCCUGGGCUCUCUGGCUUCUAGGACUCCAGCAGUGCCUGUAAGACUCUUUCAGACACUGCAGUUCACCCUAAAGCCAGGGGAAAAACUUCAAAUGUGGGACAUGGAAAGCCCAGCAGAUGAGGCCAAUGCAACAGCAAAGACUCUGCAAGAUGAGUGUAUUGCUUUGCGUGAUUUCUUCAAAGCACUUAGUGAUCUAAGGGGAAAAGAGCGUUCUCUUCUGCACGGAGAAUUUGUGUCCCUUUACAGUUCUCCCUCUGCAUUAGCAUUUCUCCACAUUUGGGACCAAAGUGAAUGCUUCCUCAUUGCCAUAAACUGGGGAAAUGUCUCUGUUCUGUUGUCUUAUCCCUAUGCAGGUUAGAGACAGACAUAUGCUCACUUAAUGUCUCAGAGCUAUUAGGUUUUGUUUGCGGUCUCUAAAAUCCAAAAAUAUGAGUCUUUCAGCUUAUUUUUGGCACUAUAAGCGCAAGUUUUAAGGAACAGUGGAAUUCAAAGUUUAAAUGUUUUUCAUUAGAAUUUUAAAUUCAAAUUUCAAGUGUAACAUGUUUUCGAUCAUGUUAUUUUUUUAACUACUAUUCUAUAAUAGUAAUACAUUUAAGAGCUCAAAGUUUAAUAAAACAUCUAAAUAAGUUAAAUAAAAAGACUAUCAAAGUUGUUUUAGAAUAUUCCAGAAUUGUGCUGUUUCCAUGCAGAGAGCUGUUUAUUAAAUUCCAUCUUAAACUAAAUCAUUGAGUUAAC